AUGAAUAAAUUUUAAGUAAAUUGUAAAUAAAUAUAUUCAUUUAAUAAUUGUUAUAAUUUUCUUUUGGACUCAAAAUCUGAAAAGUUGAUUGAAAAUUUGUAAUAAGAAGAGUAAAAGAUUAGAGAAAUAUUGAAGAAUGAAGAAUAAUCUGAAAAUUGGAAAUAAAGUAAUUGCUCUAUUUGAUUAAAAAGUGAAUAUGUAUUGGAAUAAUAAUCCAGAAGAGGAAUUUGAAUUUUUAGAAAUAAUAGGAGAAGGUGCAUAUGCAAAUGUGUAUAAAGGUAGAAAUAAGGAGAAUGGUUAGAUAGUGGCAAUAAAAAUAAUAGCAAUGGUUGAUGAAGUUGAGAAUUUUAGUAUAGGAAAUAAAGAUUUUGAAAGUAAGAUUUGUCUAACAAGGAUGGUUAGCAUACUAACAUAGAGUCUUUUUUGAAAUCUUAUUAUAAAGAUAAUAAUUUAUGGUUAA